AUGCUCACUCCACAAGCCACACCAAAUGGUAUAUAUAAUGAUAUAUUACCCAACUUGAAUCAUUACCUUCUUUUGCAGGAAGACAGAAGCAUUCCGCUUCCUGGUAAACAUGAAGUGCAGAUUCGUAUGAACUCGGUGGGCAUCUGCGGAUCGGACGUCCACUACUGGAAGCAUGGACGCAUUGGAGACUUCGUGCUCACCUCACCGAUGGUGCUGGGUCACGAGUCAAGUGGAACUGUGUCGGCCCUGGGCGAGAAUGUUACCAGCUUGAAAGUCGGUGAUCGCGUUGCCAUCGAACCAGGGUUCCAUGCCCGCAUGUGCGACUUCUGCAAGACCGGUAAAUACAACCUGUGCCCGGACAUUGUGUUCUGUGCCACACCGCCCAUCGACGGCACACUGGCUAACUACUACGUGCAUCCUGCGGACUUCUGCUACAAACUGCCAGAUCAUGUGAGCUUUGAGGAAGGAGCCUUACUGGAGCCGCUAGCUGUUGGUGUGCAUGCGUGCAGGAGAGCUGGAGUCGGCAUUGGGAAGCGUGUGCUUAUUUGCGGAGCUGGGCCUAUCGGACUGUUAGCUUUGCUGACGCAAGGCUAUGGGUGCUGCGAAGUUUGCAUUACAGACAUCGACGGCAAGCGGCUGGACUUUGCACAGCAGCUGGGAGCCAACCACACCGUUCUCGUGCAGUCCGACGGCCAGCCGGCGACGCAGCAGGUGGAGGCAGCGUUCGGCGACAGGCCUGACAUCUCGAUCGAGUGCAGCGGCGCCGAGUCCAGCAUCCGACUCGCCAUCUACGCCACAAAGUCUGGCGGCACGGUGGUCCUCGUUGGACUGGGAGCUCCGGACGUGAUGCUGCCCAUCGUCAAUGCCUCGACGAGGGAGGUGGACAUACGCGGAAUAUUCCGCUACGCCAACUGCUACCCGACCGCCCUCGACAUGGUCGCCUCGGGCCAGGUGAACGCGAAGGCUCUCAUCACCCAUCACUUCACGCUUGCAGAGUCGAUCAACGCGUUUGAGGCGGCGCACGCCGGCGCCGGCAUCAAGGUGAUGAUACACUGCGAGCAGUAGAUCGCCCCACGACGCACGCGCCGGAUCUGCGCCGUUCCACGGAGAGGAGGCGGAUAGGGGGCGGUGAUGGUGCAGAGAGUGGAGAGGGGGUGGAGAGAGGGUGCAGAGAAGAGGAGUGGAGAGGGUGCAGAGAUGGUGCAGAGAAGAGGAGUGGAGAGGGUGCGGAGAUGGUGCAGAGAAGAAGAGUGGAGAGGGUGCAGAGAUGGUGCAGAGAUGGUGCAGAGAAGACGAGUGGAGAGGGUGCGGAGAUGGUGCAGAGAAGAGGAGUGAAGAGGGUGCGGAGAUGGUGCAGAGAAGGGCGGAGAGGGGGAGUAGAGAGGGCAGAGAGGGGCGGGGCUGAGUAGCGAGACGAGAAUUUUUUGCGAGUGGUUGGCGGGAGGAGCCAUCGAUGAUGACACGUGCGGGGAAGCAGAGCGCUGGACACGCGCGGGGAAGCAGAGCGCUGGACACGCGCGGGGAAGCAGAGCGCUGGACACGCGCGGGGAAGCAGAGCGCUGGACACGCGCGGGGAAGCAGAGCGCUGGACACGCGCGGGGAAGCAGAGCGCUGACCGCACGUCGUCGAAUCGCAUUUUGUUUCUUCUAAAAUAGGCGAGUGUUUUGGGGAAAAAAACACGUUUGCAUCGUUUACAGCAGUGUGUUCGUUGCGUUUGUCAAACAAGCGGUUAAAUGCCACGUGAACUGCACGUUUUCCAACAGAAAAUGCGCUUCUGGUUAAAGGUCUAUUGGUGGAUCAUUACUGAUUAGUAGAUGUUAUUAAACGUAAUGUGCAUGAACGGGAAUUUCUCACUUACAUAACAAUGAUGACACUUCAUGUCAAAUUGUAAUCGCUACGAUUCGAUUUCAGUGUAAUUCCAUUAAUGUAUUUCAUGAAUAACGGGUAUUUACUUGCAUCGAACAGUCGAAAUUAAAUCGUGCGAUGUUGUAGCUUGUCAUCAAGCUUUAUAAGAGUGAUUUUUAUACACAUAGUUUAAUAUUUUGAUUAUAAAAGUCUAAAAAGCCAUCUCUAGAAAUAAGUAGAUUUGCGAUAUUCCCAGCCUCCUGCACUGUUAACUCUUUCCUUGUUGAGCCUGAUAUAUGUACGUUUGCUACAGGAUGCUUUGUUCAGUUAGAACAACAGUUAUAACACAGACGGAAUAUCAGGCUUCAUGCAACUAGGCAGGUCACUUGUGUUUCGUCAAAUCAUGCUUAUAUAGUUUGUUCUCAGUGAAAGUACAUCUAUCUAUCUAUAUAUCUAUAUGUAUUUAUGUAUUGUAUCUCAUUCCAUUAUUGCUGCGUAUAUUUAUAGUAUGGUGUGCCCCCGAGUUACAUAUGUCCUAAUUUUCGAACAGCAAUCCCUGAUUGAUUUACGAUUACGAUUUGAUUACUUGACAAAUACUCCUACAAACUGCGACCCACACAUAUGAACCAAACUGCUUCUCGAACAAAUGGAGUUCCUUGAUGGGCAAAUUCAACAUGAGAACCAAAAAUUUGCAACCGCUAAUGUUUGUAACCCAGUACUUAAAAAAUGGAAACAUAACUGGUAUCUUCUUUGUUGAUUUUUGUAAGGAUUAUCGCAGAUUUAUUGUGCCAGUAUAAUUAAUUUAGAACACGUUUAUCCUAACAAUAUAAAUGUUUUAUUGUUAGUAGUAGUCAUAUUAGUAAGGUGUAACACCUGUUAUCGGUAAUCAGUAAUCUUAGAUGAGGGUGAAUCUUUCCUGUUCUACUGUACAUGGACUAGACGAACCUUGGGACCCCGUGAAUCGUGUAAGUUGGAUUGUUUUCGUUAGAACAUAUCAUGUUGUCUGUUAAGUGUGAUAUAGUCUCGGUGUUUGAUGUUCAGCAAGUUGUGUUUUCCAUACUUCAAUUAAAAUAGCAUCUGUGUAUCUGUAGAGUCGUUGAUAAAUAAGUUGAGUGUUGAAAGUAAUACAUUAGAGUUGUGGAUCAUGAUAAAUGUUAGGAUUUUAGGGUGAAAUUUGCUUUAAAGGAACAUGGAAAAUGGUCGUUUUAUUGGCAAAUAUUAGCGUAACUGAGCUUUGAAUCAUGUGAACUAAGGUACACUGGACCAGUGAGGGUAAAGCGAUGGGCUGCAAGUUCUCUAAGAGAUAGCGUUUAAUCUAAUAAUAUCCAUAAAUGAUGACUGUGUGAAAAAUAUGGUAUAUAGUUGUAUGUUGUUCGAUUUGUGUAUAUUGAGAAUAUGACAAGUAUCAUUAGCACUUGGGAUGGUAUCAGCUUUAUUAAAAAGCUUGGCAUAACUGACAAAAUAUAAUUAUUUACAAAUUUAAAACAUUAACAAAA